AACUAAUUGUGUAGUAUAAAACCCAGUAUAAUAAAUAAUAAUAGUAUAAUAAAUCACCAGUAAAUAUUAAUAUCUAACCUUAUCGAUUAUCAACUUUCUCGAAAGUAUUCCGGCUCGAUUGAUAAUAAUCGGAUCCGGUUGCUAAAAACCUUUUUACAUAUUUUACACGCAUAUUCUUCGAUAAAAAAAAGUUAGCUUGACAACCGUUGCUAAGCGCUGUUUUGUCAGUACUGAGCUAUCAACAAAGCGAUUGAUAAAUAAACAGAAAUAAAUUUUAAUUCCUCAAUCAUGAGUUUAAAUAGCAUUUUAUCGAAUCCAGCCUUGAAAGAUAAGAAAGAAUUGGAGUUGAACGAAGAGUGGAACAACUUCGUGACGAGAAUAGGGGAGGUGUCAGGUCUUGUGAAGGAUAUGGCGAGCGGAGACAAGGCGAAAGCUGACGCUGCAGCCGUGCUUGCUGACCAAUAUCUUCAAGGGAAGGUUAUUGUUGACGAAGACGUGGAAAUGAAGGUCAAGUGUGAUCGUACUGUGAUUAAUAAAAAGGCGUUCCGGAGUAUGGAGAAUGAGAAGGGUGAAAUGGACAAAGACGCAUGGAUGGCAGAAGUGAGCAAGGAUGCAGAGAUGCGUUUUCAAGACAGAAAAGUACGCCGCGAACGCGCCGACACCCUCAAGACUCAAGCCGUAAAAGCUUUCAACAGAGGAGAGUACGAGAAAGCUCUGUCUUGCUACAAUCGUGCUUUGGAGCAAGUCAGAGACAACCCUAUGCUGUAUUGUGACCGUGCGCUUACUAAUAUCAAGCUAGGGAAUUUUCAGAAGGUAUUCAAAGACUGCGAAUGGGCCCUGAAGCUAAACGAGAACAGUUUCAAAGCGCGUCUCUACACCGCUAAAGCUCACAAAGAGUUGGAAGAGAUGGACAAACUGGAGGAAUGCCUGGUAGAGCUGAGAGAGAAGUUCCCGCAGCAUGAGGACCUGGUGCAGUACUUCUUGGAGAAGAAGGAAGGUAAACAGGAAGAUGAAGAUGACGAAGAAGAUAAUCAGUAAUUUUGUUUGGAGCCAGUCCGUUAACCGUUAAGGCUAAGGUGGUUUCCACUAAGGCAGAGGUGAGAGUAAUCAACCAAUAUCAUUGAUUGUAAUCCACAUCUCUUCUCCGCUCCGCUGGAUUACAACCAAUGCUAAUAGGUCCAUUGCUCUUAUCUCCGCACGUCUCCGCCUCUGUGGAAAGGCAGCCUGAAGAGUAAAGUGAGAAAUACUGUUUCAACCUUUACGGUUUAGGACUUUAGGGCUCGGCCUUGUUCUAACGUAAAUUUAAUUUAUUGAGGACGGAAAGGAUGCCAGCUCACCUUAACAUGUGAGUGCCUCUAUAUACACCGCCUAUUUAAUUCUGUUUAGACUUUUAAUUCUUGUUUUGAAUGUAAUCAAAAUGUACAAAACUCAGUUAUUGUCCUAGGUUUCGCAUGAAAUGAUGCCAGUAGUUAAUGAUUACAAAACGUUUAAACUUCAACUAAUUAAUAGCUAAUGUUAAUAAAUUAUUUGAUUUGUUUUGGUA